AUGACGCUCUCUCCCAAAGAUCGUUCUGCUUUUGUGGAGCCGGUCUUCAGUGCUUUGCUUCCUCACUUGUCCCAGGACUCGGUCUUGAAUCAAGCACUCCUUGUUCGCAUCCAAGAUGGGUGCUCGAAAUCCACGUUUUCCUCUGGCAUUUCAUUGCGGGAAGCAGCUAUCAGGGCGAGUGAAAGUGCACCUCACUGGGACUUUCCUCCACACACUCGUGCCGUCGUCAAUGGUGCCAUGGAUGAGUUGCUUGUCUUUGAAAAAGAUGAAGCCGUAACAGACGUGGCGCACAUCGAGAUCCUCCGACUCGAUGCUCUCCGAUACCAUGUUUCGGAGCCAGGGCCUCUUCUUCACUUGUCAAUUCAAGGAUAUCCGACAUCUGGCAACGAAUUGGAGCACGUUAUGCCGGCUCGCGGCGCAGAGAUUCCACAAAUGUUCAACGUGUUUCCUGGCAUUCAGUAUGAUGAGCGGUAUGAAGUAUAA